GCCGGCUCGCCCUCCUCGUCGAUCAUCUCCUCUCCUCGUCGAUCAUCCCAUUGGAUCCAAACUCCUCCCCUAUGCCCUAGCUAGCUCGUAUGGAUUCGUGCGCCUCUCCUCGUCCUUGAUCGCCGCCGGAGAGCGCAGGUGACGGUGAUGGCUACUAGUGCAGGCGUCAACAUGCCCGGCGGCCCAGGUGCGUCCUCCUCCACCCCGAAAUGCGGGGACAAGCGGAGCCGGCCGGCCUCCCCGUCUUCCUCGUCGUCGUCGGAUCAGGGCUUGCCGGACAAGGAGGGUGAAGAGGAACAAGUGGGACUGGGCCCGCUCGCGACGGCCGGGCUGGCACCGCCGGCUCUGCCGGCGGCGGCGCAGGUGUGGCCGGUGGCGUUCGGGUGGAUGGAUUUGCAGGGGCGACCGCGGGGCAUGGAGGACACUGUCUCGCUCCACCCGGGCUUCUGCGCCUGGGCCGACGGCUCGCCCAUGCACUUCUUCGCCGUCUUCGACGGCCACGGCGGCUCCAGUGUGUCCGUGCUGUGCCGGGAGCGGAUGCACGUGAUCCUGGCCGAGGAGCUCGCCGCCGGGGCGGCGGCCUACCUGCACUGGCGGGGCGAGCAGAUGAAUGGAGCUGGCGUCGUCGUCGGGGCGGAGCAGCAGGAGGAGCUUGCGUGGCGCGCGGCGCUGUCGCGCUGCUUCCGGCGCGUGGACGCGAUGGCGGCCCUGGCGUGCGCGUGCGGGCGCAUCUCGUUCCCGCGGUGCCGGUGCCCGCUGGCCCUCGACCCCCGCUGCGGCAUCGUGGGCUCCACCGCCGUUGUCGCGGUCCUCGUCCGCGACCGCCUCAUCGUCGCCAACUGCGGCGACUCCCGCGCGGUGCUCUGCCGCGGCCCCCCCGGCGCCCCGGCCGUCCCGCUCUCCUCCGACCACAAGCCUGAACGGCCGGACGAGAUGGCGCGGAUCCAGGCGGUGGGCGGCUGGGUGCUGUGCAACAACGGCCCGCGUGUUCGUGGGAUCCUCGCCAUGACGCGCGCACUAGGAGACUGGUUACUAAGGCCCGAAGUGAUCAGUGAGCCGGAGAUCACCAUAACCAGGAGGAGAGUGGAGGACGACUGCCUGAUCCUCGCCAGCGACGGGAUGUGGGACGUGGUAGAGAACGAGACCGCCUGCAACAUCGCUCGCCACUGCCUGGAUGACGUGAACCCGGCUCCCGUCGCCGGCGCGGGUGCGGCGGCAGCAGUUGGCCCGGAUCCAGACCCUCGCUGCAACAUCGCCGCAUGUCUCCUUGUCAGGCUCGCGAUGUGCAGGGGGAGCCAGGAUAACGUCAGCGUCGUCGUCGUCGACCUGAAGCCGAGGGGUUAGACCUCUGUUCGUUCUCAGUUCCGGCAACUCAUGAGGCGGUGUCAUUGCCGUCGUUCCUAGUUUAACUAGACUCUAUAACUAGCUCUGUUCAUCGUCGUCACCCAAAAAAAAAAAGAGCAGUAGUAGUGACUGAUGGUACUGCAAGGAGGUGGAGGUGGUCGUCUAAACUUGGGAUUUUCUUGGUUCUUUCGAUUCUAGAUUCUGGUUCUUUUUUCGGUUAACUAUAUUCGGCGGAUAAAGAAAAGUGGAUGGAAGAUUGCCAUCCAUAAAGAAAAAGAGGGCGAGAAAAGAAAGAAAGAAAGCGCAAUUGUACAAAGUAUUAUCCGAUAUUUAUGUACAUUAAUUAUUUAUUCUCA